AUGCGCCCUCCCCUCCCGGGCGCAAGCGCCUCACGCAACCAUGUGUACGACCACAUCAGCGGACCCAAGCAUCGCCUCGACGUCGCGAUCGCCGCGGGCGACAGCGCCGCGGAGCGCUCGCUCCCUCAUGGAUUGGUUGGCCAAAGCUUUUCGACGCCCGGUCAGCGCAAUGGCAAGCGGGACGGGUACCCCAGGAGCGCUGGCACCGUCACCACAAGCGCGCAGGCCGAGGGCGCGAUCGAAGGCAGCGCUGCCAUGUACGAGCUGCCCUCGCCCUACGCCACGGGGUUUGCCUUCUCCCGCUUCGACGCGGAGGAGCAGGCGCACCCCGAGGCCGGCCUCCCGGCGGGCGGCGAGGCUUCGGCUACUGACGACGAGGCGGCUUGA